AUCAGAGCAAGCAUACAUCAUGCUUGGUUGGCUAAAUGGGAAUACCAAACUAUCCAAUGCCAUGUCUAUUGUUGAGCUUUUGGUACAUAUGGACUGCGAAGGAUGCGAGAAGAGAAUACGAAGAGCAAUCUCAAAGAUAGAUGGAGUUGAUAGCUUAGAAAUCGACAUGGAUAAACAAAAGGUGACGGUUACAGGAUAUGUAGACAAAAGAAAAGUGCUGAAGGUGGUGAGGAGGACUGGGAGGAAGGCAGAAUUCUGGCCUUUCCCAUAUGAUAGUGAGUACUAUCCUUAUGCAGCCCGGUAUUUGGAUGAAACAACAUACGCAUCUUCAUACAACUACUACAGACAUGGGAUCAACGAGAACGUGCGUGGAUACUUUCCCAACCAGGCGUACUCAACCGUCCCUGAUGAUACUGUUCAUCUUUUUAGUGACGACAAUGUUCAUGCUUAUUGCAGUGUCAUGUGAUUGAUAGAUGGUGAUAAUAUUUACUAGUAUUGGAGAAGAUAGAAAAAGGAAGACUUUGUGAACAAUCUUUCUAUAUUUCUAUACAAUAAGAUGCUGUAUAUACAUAAAAUUAAGCUAAGCUAAAAUUGACAAUAAUAGAUCACCUUCUCGGGUGAUAAAGGGUGUCCACCCUCACCAGGUUUGUUGAAAUCUAAUAAAAAUCAAAAUGAAAA